AUGGCCAGGGCUGCCGUUUCGGCGGUGGAGCACACCCUGGCGAUGAUAAAACCAGAUGCAGUAAGGGCGGGGAAAGCCUUCGAAAUCAUGCAGCUUAUAGAGCUUGCGGGAUUUUCCAUUGUCUACAAGAAGCAAACCGAGCUCAAGCCAUCUGCGGUCGAGGAAUUCUAUGCCGAGCAUAAGGGCAAACCAUACUUCCCCAAGCUCGUUCAGUUCAUGUCCAAUGUUCCAAUAUGGGCGAUGAUCCUGGCGAAGACCGACGCAAUCUCCCACUGGCGAUCCAUGAUGGGCCCAACAUGCUCGGAAACUGCCAGAGAGGAGUGCCCAAAGAGCAUUCGCGGUCUCUAUGGCAAGGACGGAACUAUGAACGCUGUUCACGGCUCCGACUCCGCCGCAUCGGCCAUGCGAGAGAUACAGUUCUUCUUCCCGGGCGUCGUCCUCCGCGGAGCGCCUUCGUCGCCGGAGGAACUUGGUCAGUGGCUUGGCUCGGCCUCUGAUUACAUCGCCGCCAACCUCCAGCCCGUGCUAAUCAAAGCCCUCACUGUGCUUGCCAAGCAGAAGCCAUCCGGAGAGGAAUUCGAGGUCAUAACAUUCCUGGCUAACUGGCUCCUGGCCAACAACCCGAACAAGCCCCGUGUCGUGCCUCCCGGGGCGGCCUGUGACGCGAUGAACGUGGAAGAAGAGGUUGAAAAAACCAAGGAGUGA